GCUUGCCUGUUACUUUUAAACAUUUUAAAACGCAAACACUGUCUGGCUUGAAAAUUGGGUUCCCAGAGCUCCGACACAUUGCAUUGAGUAGUUGACUUUAAGGCAAUCUCAACACUGUUGAGCAAGCAUGUGGUGACAGUGGAAAGGAAUGACUGCCUUUUAACAAGAAUGAAUCUCCAUCAGCAGACCCAGAGGCAGAAGGACAAAAGCUGAGAUGAUUGAGGAUCCCUCCUAUGACAAGACAAGGCAGGACAAGAAUUCACGCCUGCAGCAAAACCCAGAGAGUAUUGCAGCACCACAGCCUAAUAAAGAGGAUGCACAGGAACGGUGAUUUCAGAAGGAAGAGAAACAGGCGAGCCAUCAGAACAGCAGAAGAAUGACUAACAGAGACAUCGACUAGGCGGACCUGUAGCAGAGCAGUGUAAAGAAUGGAGAUGAAUCACACGAACCAAACCGAGGACAACCUCUUCUCCUGCUACGACUCCUCGGUCAUAGAGUACCGGUACUUCGCCGUGCUGUGGGGAUGUGCCGUGACCGUCACCGGCACUGUGGGGAACAUGAUGACCGUCCUGGCCUUCGCCCUGGACCCCCGCCUGCGGACCCGCUUCAAUGUGCUCAUCGUUAACCUGGCUGUGGCCGACCUGCUGUACUGCACCGUUCUGCAGCCCAUCUCUGUUGACUCCUACCUGCACCUCAGAUGGCGCAGUGGUCAGCUCUGGUGCCAGAUCUUUGGCCUGCUCCUCUUCCUCUCCAACGCUGUCUCGAUCAUCACCCUCUGCCUGGUAGCAGUGAGCCGAUACCUCCUGGUUGCGAAGAGAGCGGUUUUUGACCGAGUGUUUUCCAACCAUGGACUUGUUUUGCUCCUGAUCUCAGCAUGGGGUCUGGGUCUGGCUAGUUUCGGCCCACUCUGGUCCACUUAUACGUUUGUGCCUAAGGUGUGCACCUGCAGCUUCCAUCGCACCAGGGGACGCCCCUAUACCACCAUCCUGCUUUUCUUCUAUUUCUUCAUCGGCCUAGGAUGUGUCGGAGCCUUCUACCUGCUCAUUUACAGGAAGGUCAGGAUUGCAUCAAAAGCUCUGCUCCGCUAUCGGCUGAGUCGAAACUCUUCCAGGAAGAAACCUGCUCUGUCAGCUCAGGGGACGGAUGACAGCGGGGUGGAAAGUGGUGUGGGGAAGACAUGCAGCUCAGAGAUAAGCAGCCAAGUAGAACCAGACCAAAGCACAAACGAGAAAGAAAAGGCUGUUGUCCCAUCUCAGAGCUCAGCCGCACCCCUAAAGUCAUCAGAAGACAGGUCAGCGACCCGGACCGCUGCUCCCGCCUCUCACGCCACAACUUCGGGAGACGAUAGCGAAUUCAAGCGAGUGACCCGCAUGUGUUUCACAGUUUUUCUCUGCUUUGUGUUCUGCUUCGUCCCCUUUAUGUUACUGAACAUAGCCGACAAAAACAACCGCGCCCCCCAGAUGCUGCACAUGUUCUGCGCCAACCUCACCUGGCUCAACAGCUGCAUUAACCCCGUCCUGUACGCGCUCAUGAACAGACAGUUUCGACAAGCGUACGGCGACCUGAUCACCAGAGCCGCCGCUCCUUUCAGCUGCCUCUGCAGCCGACUACAGGCCCGCAAAGUCUGAUCUCCUGUAACUUACUUUUGACUGACGUAAACUCAAGGGAUUUUGUUGCUUCGAGCUGCCUGGCUUCUGUGGGUUCAUGCAUCAGAGUUCAGGGAGAGCUCCCCGGUGCGAAAAGAGCAAGAGGCCAUAAAAGACGAUUAAAGGCAAAUUGUGGUAUAGAUGAAGCAAUAAAAUUAGUGCUGAACAAUGCAUUGCAGCAAGGCUUGGUCUUCAUCAUGGUGCUUUUCUGGUGGGGUACACACUCCUGGCCUGCAUAAUUUAACCAAAAAAAAUAAAUAAAUAAAAUAAAAGUAAUGACAUGUGAUGAACACAACACAGAGUGGCAUGCCACAAUGAUCCUGAUGAAGCUUGGUCCCAGCAUUGCUAUGCAAAGUAAAGGUAUUUUCAAUGUUUCUCCCCUUCUUCAUAGAAUCCUUUGUUAAUUUUUAUGGCCUCUCAUUUCAGCUUAUCUUAGAAAUUGCUCAAAGUAAAAAAAUUCUAUGCAGUUAUUUGGUCAUGUAAAAAAAAAAAAAGAAUUGAUUUUACAUCACAGCUCCCUGCUUGUAUAUCUCAUAGAUAUUUACAUAUAUUUAAUUUGAAGUCCAUGUUUAGGUUAGACUUUUAAAGUGACUGUCCACAGAUCUUUGUACAAAAUGACCUAUUAUUGUUUGUUGUCUAAUAAAUUGCAUUUUUUAUUGGUUACCUA